AUGUCGACGCCGAGCGACACUACGGCUGAUGCGAGGCACCCAUGGGGACCGCCCAUGCACAUCGGCAAGGUCUUUUUAGAGGGCAACGACCGUACAAAGCCCGAAGUUUUUGAAACCGAACUCCAGGAGGCGUACAACGCUGAGCACAUCGGCGAUUUGGUGCACAAGCUUGAGGAAGCUACGAACGAGCUCAAAGCCCUCGACAUUUUUGAUACGAUCAGCAUCAAGCUGGACGAGGCAAGCUCUGGCGAGCGCGAUGAGACGGACGUCACUAUCACGGUGAAGGAAAAGGGCUGGCGAUCAUUGCACGUGGGCGCGACCACCGAUGGCAAUGAUGAAGCAGGAGAAUCCUCGCUGACGUUGCUGAACGCGUUCGGAGAGGCGGAAAAGAUUUCACUAAGUGCUACUUAUGCACGUUCGGGAAGUAAUACGCAGCGCGCAACUUUCAAGAAACCUCGCUUUUGGGGUUUGCCGCUGUACUUAAGUGCGGUUGGUACCAAUGAGCUUCAUAACCACGAAUGGCUUAGCUCGUACAAUGAAAAGAUUCGUGCCGGUAGCAUUUCCAUCAGCGAUUAUGAAGGCGUACACGACCUGUCGUUCAACGUUGGCUGGCGAGACCUGCUUCCCCGUCGUGACCCAAAGAUUCCCACAGCAUACCGUGCGUCGCCCAGUAUUCUUGCAGAAGCCAUGCCGUCUACCAAGACUAGUGUCAAAUACGUAUUCACGGACGAUAACCGGGAUAACAUUGUGUAUCCAACCACUGGAGGCCUUUUCAAAUAUUCAACGGAAAUUGCUGGUCUUGCAGGCGACGUUAAAUUUGUUAAAGCCGAGGUAGAAGGCCAGAAGCACUUUGCACUUGGCCCUCUUUUUCUUGGAUUCCCAUUGUUGAACUUUAGCUUUUCGGGUCACAUGGGAACAGUAAAGUCGUACGGUAGUGAGCAACACCGACCAGUGCGCAUAAGUGAUCGCUUUUUCUUGGGUGGUCCCAUGAACUUGCGCGGUUUCAACCAUAAAGGAAUCGGUCCUCGAGCAUCUCCUCUUGAUGGCGGUGUUGCACAAGGUGAUGCUCUUGGCGGUGAUGUGAGCUAUCACGGAACGGCGAGCGUAGGUUUCCCCGUAAUGCUUCCACUUUUAGCGGCCCUGGGUCUCCGAGGUCAGUUCUUUGCCAACGCCGGCAACUUGACUACAUGGGACCGUGUGUUGGACGAGAAGAAGUGGAUGAAAAAUCUUGUCGAUGACACACGUGUGUCAAUCGGUAUAGGUCUUGUGUGGGGAACUCGUAUUGGCCGCCUCGAGGCUAAUUACUCGUGGAUUCUCAAGUCCCUCAAUCACGAUAAUAUUAAACGUGCUCAACUUGGUCUUAGCAUGACGUUUUGCUAG